AUGACUUCUUGGAUAUCUUUGUUAGCUGUUCUGGCUGCCUGUGCGCCGCAGGUCCACGCGUCGUGUGCGUAUGGAACGCAUCUUCAUAGGAGAGCUGAUGUUAUCCAUGCUCCCAAGUUUGGAUACUCUGCUGCCAAUGUACGCCACCCGAUCCCCUUGGACUUCUUCUUCAGUCUCUCUUAUCCAGGUCCAGCAAACUGGUACAACUUAGACCCCAAGGCCAACGAACUAUGCGCAACCGGCCACCACCAAUCCCCCAUCAACCUCGCCGACGGCUCAUUCAACAUCCUCUCCGCCUCGGACCUAAACAUCGAGAUCCCCAACUUCACCAAGGGCGCUGAGUUCGAGAACUUGGGAAGCACCGUGGAAGUAGUCACCGAAGGACUCGGUGGUAAAAUCACCAUCGAAAACACGACAUACCACCUAAAGCAAUUCCACUUCCAUCUGCCUAGCGAGCACAUCGACAAUGGCACCAGUCUAGCCAUGGAGAUGCACAUGGUGCACUCCAGUGAAGAUGGCAAACUCGCUGUCAUCGGUGUCUUCAUCGAUCUCGACGACGGAGCGGUCGAUUCGUAUAAAUUCAGGGAGACGCGCAAGGGCAAGACAGACACCCCUGCUACGAAAUCCACUGUCGUUACCACCGUGCUGAACUCGGUGGAUAAGAUUGCGACCCUGGGACAAACCACUCACAUCAAGUCUCUCAAAAUGUCCGAGAUUGUGUCGCUUCUUAACGAGGGCGAUUUCCAAUCUGAGAAUGUCAAGUGGUUCGUCUCCACUCGGAAGGUUUCUAUUCCUACGCGAACUUAUUUGAAGGCCCGAUCUGUCAUCGGCUACAACGCUCGCUUCCCUCAGAAUGUGCCAGGGGAGGAGAAUAUCUUGAGCUUGGUCGCUGACGAGAUUGAGCACUACGAUGACUAA